UCAUUUCAUAUCUAAAUAAUAACGGCCCCUUUUCUAUUUUUAUUUAUUUAUUUAAUUUUCUCCCUGGGCUGUUAGGGUUUUAAGGGGUCUUUCACUCUUAUCCUCCGUUUCCUCCGCCAGAUUCUCCUCUUGAUUGCGAGAAGAUGAGCAACGACAAAGACAACUUGAACAUGUCCGGUCUCACCGCCGCUCUUAACGAGGAGGAUCGAGCAGGCCUUGUUAAUGCUCUCAAGGAUAAGUUGCAGAAUUUGGCUGGACAACACUCGGAUGUCCUUGAGAACUUGACUCCGGCAGUCAGGAAGCGUGUUGAGGUUCUAAGAGAGAUUCAAAACCAACAUGAUGAAAUUGAAGCAAAGUUCUUCGAAGAGAGGGCAGCUCUAGAAGCUAAGUAUCAAACGUUGUAUCAGCCUUUCUACACCAAGAGAUGUGAGAUUGUGACCGGUGUGGUUGAAGUUGAAGGUUUACCUGAGGAAGUGAAAACAGAACAAGGAGCAGAUAAAGCUGCUCAAGAGAAAGGAGUACCGGAUUUCUGGCUUAUCGCACUGAAGAACAACGAAAUUACCACUGAGGAGAUAACUGAGCGAGAUGAAGGUGCUCUCAAAUAUCUUAAGGACAUCAAGUGGAAUAGGGUUGAAGAACCAAAAGGGUUCAAGCUCGAGUUUUUCUUUGAUGAGAACCCUUACUUCAAGAACACUGUCUUGACCAAGACAUAUCACAUGAUUGAUGAAGAUGAGCCUAUCCUCGAGAAGGCCAUUGGGACGGAGAUUGAGUGGUAUCCUGGAAAAUGUUUGACUCAGAAGAUCCUGAAAAAGAAGCCAAAGAAGGGAUCCAAAAACACAAAGCCGAUCACUAAGACUGAGGACUGUGAGAGUUUCUUCAACUUCUUCAGUCCACCUCAAGUUCCUGAGGACGAGGAUGAUCUUGAUGAUGACAUGGCUGAUGAACUCCAAGGCCAAAUGGAGCAUGAUUACGAUAUUGGAUCAACCAUUAAAGAGAAAAUCAUUUCCCAUGCUGUGUCAUGGUUCACUGGUGAAGCUGUUGAUCCAGAUGACCUUGAGAUUGAUGAGGACGAUGAUGAUGAGAUUGAUGAAGAUGAUGAUGAGGACGACGAGGAAGAUGAUGAGGACGAGGAUGAUGAUGAUGAUGAGGAAGAUGACGAGGAUGAAGAGGCAGAGCUAGGAAAGAGGAGAAGAAAGAAGUCAUCAGCUGGGCACAAGAAGUCGGGAAGAAGUCAACUUGCUGAAGGUCAACAAGGUGAGAGGCCCGCGGAGUGUAAGCAGCAGUGAGUAUGAUGAAGAAGAAGAAGAAGAAGGAAGAGUCAGUCUGGUCUUUGUGUUUUCUUAAUUUGAAGAGUCAUGGUCCGUCGGUUUAUAUGAUAUAAAUCAAGUUUUGGGUGGUGGUUUGCUAGAAAAAAAAAUUGUUUUUUUGGUUUGGGUUUGGUUGCGUCUGAUUUUUCAUUUGUAAUGUGUUCUUCUUGAACUGCUUUGAGAAAUAGUAAUUUGUCGUUGGUCAAAUUUGGACUCAA